CAGUUGUUAUCCAGACUCAAGAGUCUUAACUUCAUCUCUUCAGCUAACCUUUUUUGCUUCAACUUGAAUACAACUAAUAACAUAACAAAUUGUUGUUGUUAAUUUAAAUUGUUCAACUUAAUUGUAGCCAAAAUGUGAUCACAAUUUAAUCCAAGUUUUUUUUUCUUCCUUAAUUUAUUCUUAAUCAUCUUUUUCAUCUAAUCACAUGUAAAAUUAAAAAUCUUUAUCAAGUUGAUGACAUUUAAGUUGCCUUUUCAUUCAUCAGUCAUUCACAUUUAUCCUCAUCAUCUCUUCCUUAUCCCAAUCAUCAUCAUCUUACAAUCUUCUUCAUCUUCCUAAUCCACCCCCAUUUCCUAAUCAUCUUCACUUUGCCAAGAAAAUAUCAUCAUUAUGAUUAUUGUAAAGCUCAUCAAAAUUAAUCGGUAACAAUUAACAGCAACAAUUUAAGUUACGAACCCAAAAAAAAUUCAGUGAUCCCUUAGUCGUUUAAGUUUGUUGAUCCAAUCGGAAUAUGUUUUUAAUUACAAUUAGUUAACUGUGAUCAUAAUUAUCAGUGUGUCCACAUAAUCUUCCUCUAGUGUCAUCCAACAAUCAACAAUUAAUAUAAAUUGUUGUGUAUUAGUCUCUCUCUCUCUGAUUGUUGAUUUUGUUUGUAUCUUUUUCUUAAUUUUUUGCUUUUCGGCCAAAUUUCAAUCAACAAUCACCUAAAUCAUUUAUACUUAAUUGUCACCUCAAAAUUGUGCUUCAUUAAUUGUUACUAAUACAGUUAAUCAGGAGGAGAAAAAAACUCCAUCCACUGAAUGGAAUCAACAAUCUCAACCAAGAAUCAACAGCAAUUAAAACCAUCAGCAAGCAAGAAACAAUUAAUAUCAAAAUCAUCACCAGUUAAUUUAUUAAAUUGUGUCUUUAAAUUAACCAAUGAAGCCAACAUGUUUGCCAAACUAUUGUCACCUAAAUCAUCAAAACUAUCAAGAAGUGGCCUCACCCGACGCAAUAAUAGUAAUAAGCGAAAAGAGGAUGAAAAUGACCUCGAAAAUGUCACCCAAUGUCGUCCAAAUGAAAUCGAUGUUGGUUUCAACACAACGGAAACAGUUUCGGUCAAGCUGACAAAUGAAUCAAGUCCACAAGAAACUGUUAAAAACAAUAAUAACAAUUUGAUCAAUAUAAACAAUCAACGUAAUCAACAUCAUCUUCAUGCUGAUUUAUCAUCAUUGUCAUCAUCAUCUUGCCCAUCACCUCAAUCAUCUUGUACUGAUAAAAGGAGGAGACGAGGAGUAGUAGGAGGAGGAAAUGAUAAUCAAAGUCAACCUGAUCAACUAAUUACUGGUGAUAAUUUGCUGUUACCUUCAACUCAUCAUGAUAAUAAUGCAAAUCAAUCAACUAAUUGUGCUCAAGUUAAUGAGCAUCAACAGAAACCAAUUGACGAUCAACAUGAUAACCUUAAUUCAAAUACAAUGACGAUUGAUUCAGAUAAUCACUUAUCAACAUCAUCACUAGUCAAUGAGGCUUAUCGAAAUGAAUGUAUUCAAUUGCGUCAACGAGUUCGAGAAUUGGAGCAACAGAAUCGAUUGUUAACUCUUCUUUUAGCGGAACAAUUAGUAAAUUCAUCAACUAAUUCAGUUGAUAAUCGAAGUAAAUUGGACAAAUUAAUGGCAAUAAAUAGCUUGACAAAUAAUUUACCACAAUUAAUCAGUGAAUAUGAAUCAACCUUAUUGGAUAAUAAUAGUAAUCAUGAUGAAGUAUCAAUCAUGAAUUCAUCUCCACCAGGUCAAGGUCAUUUAAUGAAUGAAUCUAAAGGAAUCACAUUAACUUGUGAGUCGGAUUAUUGUGGAUCAAUGGGAAAUAAUCAUCCUGAUCAUCAUUAUCAUCAUCAUAUAUUCAAUAACAACAACAAUCACCAUGAUGAUGGUGAUGAAACUGAACGUUCAGAUAGAUUGGUGAGCAUGAGUAAAGAUAACUCAAUGCUUGGUUUUAACCUUACCCAUGUAAAUAUUGAUCGAUGGAGGAAGAUAGAAGAAGAUAAAUCGAAAACAAAAACAACAACAACAACACAAUUAACAUCACAACCUAAUUUACCAAUAACCAACCAGUUAACCAGUCAUUCAAUUUUACCUUUAACACCAAUAAGUGAAACAAUUAACACAAUUAAUUUAGAACCGUUAUCGUCGAGUUCACUUUCCUCUGUUUCUUACCUUGAUCAUCAGAAAAAGUCAUCGUACAUCAACAACCUGAUUGAAAACAAUUCAACACUUUUCACCUCCACCUUAUCCUCCUCUCCCACCACCUCCACCUUGACUACCACCACCACCAUAACCUCAUUGCCCUCUUCAUCUGACCCCUUUACCACCACCACCAUAACCCCCACCUUAACAUGUACACCAGGUAGCACAGUCUCAACUUCAACACUUACAGCCUUGAACUCAACUCUGAUUGGGUCACCUUCAUCAUCUCUAUCAUUAUCACCACCACAAUCACCUAAGAAAUUAAUUACAUCGUCAAUCCUUGAUCCAAAUUCUAGUCUAUUUCAAUCAAGUAACACUGUUAAUUGUUCACCAUCAUUAUCAUCUUCAAAUCAAUUAGAGAAACGGAUUCUUUUUAUAUUAUCCUCGAAUAAUAAUAAUAAUCAUAACCAUAAAUAUUUCAAUUCCACCUUAUCCUCCUCAUUAUCAUCAUCUUCAUCUUCAUCAUCAUCCUCAUCAACUUCUUCUUCAGUUUCAACUGAUAAGAUUAACUGUGAUAAUCGUUUAAUCAACAAACCAGGUAAUUUAGCCCUUAGGACAUUAUCGGGUUCAUCAAGUAAAUCAAUUGUUUCCCUUGAGAAAGAUAGUCCAGCUUCAAGUGCAACCUCAUUUGACUCAAAUGGUGAACUUACCUCAAAAGAUGAAGGCUAUUCAACAAUGUCCAGUGAUGUCCAGUCUGAUAUUGGAAACAAUAACAAUGGUUCAAUUGUUACAAUCAAUACUACAGCCAACUCUCAAUCAACAACGAUACCAAGCAAAAAUGAAUCAACAAUCAAUUCAAUUUUGGACGAUAAAGAAUCAGUAACAUCAUCAACAACAACAACAACCAAUGAGGAUAAUAAAACUAACCGAUCAUUUCUAAUACUGACCUCAUCACCACCACCAUCACAUUUAACACCCUCACGAACCAUUAAACCUCCUCCUCCACCACCAUCAGGUUCAGCAGCGGGUUCAUCAUUGUCAACUCUUCUUCACCUGAAACAACAACAACAAUUAAAAGUUGAAACAAUUGAGAUUAAAUCGGAACCAAAGAAAAUGGGAGUUAACGGAUCACCAACAAAUUCAAUUCCAUUAACAUUCAUGUCAACAGUUAAUCCAAUUGUUGUUGGUUCAAGUCGAUUAACAACUUUUAAAUCAUCUCAUCAAAAUGAUUGUUUGGUUACAUCAUCACCAUUAACAACAAUCAACAAUAAUCGUAAAAACAAUAAGAUGGAAUUAGUUUGUGAGAAAGAUUCUGAUUUACUGAUUGCAGAUACAAUUAAACUUAAUUGUAACAAUAAUAUAACAACAACGACAGGUAUUAAAAAUCCUUCCCAAUCAACAGUAACAACAAUUAAAGGUGAUGCUGAUGAUAAAUCAUCAAAUUGGUUGCAUAGUAUCAACAAUGAUAACAAGGAAAGAGAGGAAAAUGAUUCUCAAUCAGUUAAUUAUUGUAAAAAUCAAAUUGUUAACUGUGAUUUCAUUAGAAAGUCAAGAAAAAGUUUUAAUGGUAAAUUAUCAGCUCAUCGAUACACUUUCCCUCCGGUGGUAACUCGACCUGUAGCCAAUACCUUGGACGAUAUUGAGUGGACACCUUGUCUUAUUUAUCAGCCAUCAAAACCACCAACUGACCAUCAGGGUGACAAUUUAAUUACUGAUAAAAAUGACCGUUUCUCUAAUUGUGAAUCAAGUUUAAUUACUACAGCUGAGAAAUCAACUUCCGCUGAUUUUGAUGAUGAUGAAUCAAGAUGUCUAGUUAAUAAUCGUGAGGUAAUCAUUUAUCAAGAUAAAAGGAAGAGAAGUGGAAAAAAUCAUCAUCAUCAUCACAUGGGAAAAGUUGAAGAUGAUGUUAAUCUUGAUGGGAAAACUAAUCAACUGAAUCAAGUUAAAUGCGAUUCUGUUGAUUGGAGGAGUAAAAUUGGAAGACGGAAAAGUGCCAUUUCCAAAGGAUCAGAUUGUGGUUCAUUGAUGAUGAAAACAGUUAAAGAUACUACAGCUGAUGAUGAAGAUGAAUAUGAUGAUAGUGAUGAUGGUGAUGAGGAAGAAGAUGAAGAUGAAGGAAAGAGGGAAAAAAUGAAAAGAAAUCAUAAAAUUGACCAAAAGAGGAAGAUGAAAGUUUAUCAUAAGUUUCCACCGGCACCAGAGUCAAGUUCAUCUUCCCAUGGAUCUCAAUCGUUAAAUCGUUGGCAUUCCGAUUCUCAGUUAUAUUCUGAUUCCAUGAAACAAGAUAAACCACCGGUGGAAAUGAGACAAGUAGAUGUUAAUUGUCGAUCAAAUUGUCGCUUUCCCCGUCGUCAUCGUGAUAUAACCAAUGUUUCUCAUCCUUGUCAAUCUUUCGCAUCGACUUGUAAACGAUCAUCUGGUUAUAUUAGACGUCGCAUUAAAAGGGAGGAUCGAGCGCGAAUUGAUGAGUCCCAUCGAUGGUCAACACUUUCUACUUCUAGUUCUGCUCUAUCUGAUGGCCUGGAAGCGCCAAUCUACUGUGAACGUCGUCGAUAUCGACCUCGACUUCCAAUGACAAUAACAACGACUCAUAUUGAUUCAACUGGAACCGAAAUUUACUCCCAAAGACGGAAACUGGAACAGGGAAUUCAAUUCAUACAAUGAAAUACAUUUCAUCUGAUGAAAAUCACUCGGCGGAUGAUGAAGAUAGUGCUGAGCGUUUUGUCUCCCGUUGGCUUCAUAAAAGCGGAGGUGGACUUCGUUGGGACGAUUCUGAGGUUACCUGGAAAUUGAAUGAAUCUCUUGAUUGGCCUGAGCCAAUUGAAUUAGAAAAUGAUAAUUGUCUUUCUUCAACCUCAUCA